UGGUUUGGAUUUUAUUGCUUUAAAUCGGUAAUUGAUUUGGAUUGAUAACCCCUUCAAUCCUAGCCGUCCAUUUUGCAACUUGAUUUAUCCUCGUUUCCAAUUCCAACUGCUCCACCACUCCACCAAAUCCGUCGGUUUAUCUUUAUCAGUCGCCGGCGCAGUCAGUCUGCAACAACCCGCCAUGAUGUCCGCCGCGAGCCCACUUUCUCUGAUCUGUGCUCUGCUUCUUUGCUUGCCUUUAGCCGUUCUCUUUACCGUUAACAGCCCCACCGCCAUUAAUUCCGUCCAAAAUUCCGACCAUCCUUUCAUUUUCCCCUUGCAGUCACUUUACAUGCCUAAGACCCACCGCAAAAUUACCCUCUUCCAAAUCCCUUCUCCGCCGCCUCCGCCUCCGCCUACGCCGCCGCCAGAGGAGGAUGAUUUGUUGUUCCCACUUGCCUCCCGGGUCGACCCGACCCCAUCACCAACCCGGAAAUUGGCUUUCAUGUUUCUCACGAAUUCCCCUCUCCCUUUUGCUCCUCUUUGGGAACUGUUCUUCAAAAACAUCCCCCCGGAUCUUUACAAUGUUUACAUCCACGCUGACCCGACCCGAGAAUAUGACCCGCCUUUCUCCGGCGUGUUUUCCCACCGUGUCAUCCCAUCGAAACCCACUCAGAGAUUCACCCCUUCUCUAACCGCCGCCGCCCGCCGCCUUCUCGCCCACGCGCUGCUGCAUGAUUCUUCUAAUUCCAUGUUUGCCCUUCUCUCCCCCUCUUGCAUCCCUCUUCAUUCCUUCAAUUUCACUUACAAAACGCUAAUCCACUCCAAGAAGAGCUUCAUCGAGGUUCUCAAAAAUGAAAUCGGUGCCUACGACAGAUGGGCGGCGCGUGGUCCCGACGCGAUGCUUCCCGUUGUUAAAUUGGAGGAUUUACGAAUUGGGUCACAGUUUUGGGUCCUCACGCGUCGGCACGCGCGGACUGUGGUGAGAGAUAAGAAAGUUUGGUCAAAGUUUGACUUACCAUGCGUGCGGUGGGACACGUGUUAUCCAGAGGAGAAUUAUUUCCCCACCUUACUCAGCAUGUGGGACCACCGAGGACUUAUUCCAGCUACACUAACACACGUGGACUGGAAUGGGAGUUUCGAUGGCCACCCUCGCACGUACGACAAAUCUGACGUCACACCCAAUCUCAUACGUUCUCUCAGAAUGUCCCGCCUCAGAUACGGCGACGGCGGCAUUGAAAUGAGAAUCAGAACGAGAAAUAAAACCUCCGGCCGCCGUAGUUCGUCGUCUUCCUCCGCCGCUAAACAUUACCGCCGGCAUACGUUCCUCUUUGCUAGGAAAUUCUCCGCCGAUACGCUCCAGCCGUUGAUGAACAUAUCCAGCGACGUCAUCUUUAAAGAUUGAUGAAAAUAUAUACACAAAAUUAUGUUUUUUUUUUUUGGUCUUUUUAAGGAUAAUUCGGGACAAACAAACCCAAUGUUUUUUUUUUUUUUUGAACUUACAAAUUAACUCUAGGUUUUGUAUAUGCAUGUCGAGAUCGAGCUUUUUCAAGACUUGUCGUGAGCGAGCGUGUCAAAAUUAAGAUAGUGUAUAGUUGAAAAUAGACAACCCUUA